UCUCUCUCAUUCGAUCUCGAAGAUUUCACCGACUUAUCGGAGUUUGGAUCGGAGAUUAAAUCCGGGAUAUCACCGACGAAUCCUUUCUGGAUUUUGAUCUAUUUGAUCUUGAUCCUCUCGCGAAGCUUUUGCAGAUCCGUCGAUCUCUUUCUGUGAUUCUGUGGGGUUUAGGGUUAGGGUUUUAAUUUCGAUUUCGAUUUUGGUUGUCAAUUUUGAUGGCUUCGACUGCUGAUUUCCUCCUGGAGGAUCAAACGGACGAGGAUUUCUUCGACAAACUUGUUGAUGAUUCCUAUACUCCUACCGCUUCAUCCUCUGCUAAGGAGCUCAAAUUCGAUGACGGUAGUGAUUCCGAUGACGCCAAAGCUUUUGCGAAUCUCUCCGUCGUUGACGAUGUUGUGGGUGAUGGAGAUGUCGCAUUGAAUGAAGCAGGUUUGGGUACAAGUGGUUCGGUGGGAAAAGAAGAGCCUUCUUCAUCUAUUGCUCCGGAAGCUCUUCAAUUUGUCAACAGUGAUGCAAAUAAGUUAAGGGAUGAUGAUGAUGUGGUGAGAUCGGGGGUGGAUGAUAUGCCACUAACUGAAACGGCAAAAGAAAGUAAUAUAGUCGAUGGAUCUGGGAGUCCUGGGGUUAAGGAGGUUGGUUGGGGCUCCUUUUAUGCCGAUUCAUCUGUAAAUGACGGUCGUGGGUUUGGUUCAUACUCUGAUUUCUUCACUGAGUUGGAUGGAACUGCAGGGGAUUUACAGGGACAGGCCGAGGUAGCUGUGGCCACUGGAGGCAACUUAGUAGCCAAUGCAACAAGUGUUGGUUUAGAUAAUUCGGCAGGGUUUGAGCAACACCAUGGUCAAGUGCAACACGAUUCUGGAAGCGGGCGGUAUGUGGAUAAUAGUCAAUCUUGGGAAUAUCUCUAUCCUGGAUGGAAAUAUGAUGCGAGUACUGGUCUGUAUCAAGUUGAUGGUCAUGAUGCAAGCGUGAAUUCACAGGAGAGCUAUAUAAACUCAACAAGUAACUGGGAAAGCGUUGCUGCUGAUAACUCGGAUGUUGCUUAUCUGAAACAGAGUACACCAUCUGCAGCGGCUGGCACAGUUGAGAGUGUGUCUACUUGGAAUCAGGUUUCACAAGUGAGCAAUGGAUAUCCAGAACACAUGAUCUUUGACGCUCAGUAUCCUGGAUGGUACUAUGACACAAUUGCUCAAGAGUGUCGCUCUCUAGACAGCUACAACCAGGCUUCUCAAACAACUCUAACUGGUCAAGCUCAUGAUAAGCAAGUUCAGAAUGGUCAUGCUCGUAAUAACCAGAGUAGUAUGUAUGAUGUUAACGACAAAAACCAGACUUUCAAAGCGCAAGAAUAUGCUAUUCAGAGCCAACACGGAAGUUGGGACCAGUCUUACUAUGCCAACAAUCAGCAGGCUGCAAACACUUGGCAAUCAGUAAAUGUAGGUCAGGCUGAGCCUGCUAUAAAUUCGGAUUCAUUAUCAAGCUUUGGAGGAAACCAGCAAGUAAAUAAUUUGUACAGUACAGAACCUGUGACUGAACAGUUUAAGCCAAAUGCGAUUGGAGCGCAGAGCUUCAUCCCACAGCAUAUGAAUCUGGCUAGUGUCACACAGAAUGGACCUUUGAGUUUCUCAAACGAUGUCUAUAAUAGACAGCAAUCUGUAGAUGAUGCUCAUCAGUCUUUUCAGAACAAUCAGCUUUUCUCCCCAAGUGCGGGAAGAUCAUCUGAUGGUCGUCCACCACAUGCACUUGUCAGUUUUGGAUUUGGUGGGAAGCUCAUUGUUAUGAAGGAUAAUAAUGGUUCUCUGCAUAAUUCAUCAUUUGGAAGUCAGGGAAUUGGGGGAAGCUCCGCCUCCGUCUUAGUUAUUUCUGGGAGUGCCUCUUAUUCCAGUCAAGGGGAAGACUCUUUGAGCUACUUUCGUUGCCUGCAUCAACAAUCUCUUCCAGGUCCUUUGGUAGGAGGAAAUGUUGGAAGUAAAGAGUUGCAUAAGUGGAUUGAUGAGAGAAUUUUGAAUUGUGAAUCUUCCUAUAUGGAUUUUUCAAGAGGGAAACUCUUAAAGAUGCUUCUUUCUUUACUCAGAAUAUCUUAUCAGUAUUAUGGGAAACUCCGUUCUCCUUUUGGUACUGAUGCAUCACAAAAGGAAACGGACUCUGCUGAAGCAGCAGUCGCUAAGCUUUUUGCAUUUGCCAAGAAAGAUGGCGUACAAAAUGGUUAUGCUCCUAUUAGCCAAUGCUUGCAGUAUUUACCACCUGAAUCACAAAUGCAAGUAACUGCUUCAGAGGUUCAGAAUCUUCUGGCUUCUGGUAGAAAAAUGGAGGCUCUACAAUGUGCACAAGAUGGCCAUUUAUGGGGACCAGCGCUUGUUAUCGCGGCACAACUUGGGGAUCAGUUCUAUGUUGACACUGUGAAACAAAUGGCCCUUCGCCAGCUGAUACCAGGGUCACCUUUACGGACAUUGUGCCUACUGGUUGCAGGACAACCAGCUGAAGUGUGUCCCGCUGGAAGUAGUAGCAUGCUUGACAAUUGGGAAGAGAAUUUGGGUAUAAUAACUGCUAACAGAACCACGGAUGAUGAGCUUGUGAUUACUCAUCUUGGAGAUCGCAUGUGGAAAGAUAGGGGCGAGAUAAUUGCGGCGCAUAUUUGCUAUUUAAUCGCGGACAAGAACUUUGAUCCAUACUCAGAAUGCGCCAGACUCUGCCUUGUCAGAGCUGACCAUUGGAAAUGUCCUCGAACAUACGCAAGUCCAGAGGCUAUACAGAGGACAGAGUUAUAUGAAUACUCUAAGACACUGGGAAAUUCUCAGUAUAUCCUGUUACCGUUUCAACCAUAUAAAAUCAUAUAUGCCCAUAUGCUGGCCGAAGUUGGUAAUAUUUCGACUGCACAGAAGUACUGUCAAGCAGUAUUAAAAUGCCUCAAGACAGGCCGAUCACCAGAAGUGGGAAUGUGGAAACAGUUUGUUUCAUCUCUUGAAGAGAGAAUCCGUAUCCACCAACAGGGCGGGUAUACUGCGAAUUUGACCCCAGCAAAACUUGUUGGAAAGUUCCUGAACUUUAUUGAUAGUACAGCAUCUCGUGUUGUUGGGGGGAUGCCACCACCUGCACCACAUUCAACAACUGGAAACCUGCAGGUAAAUGACUAUCAACGCGAUUGUUUGGCGAACCUCUCUUUUUCAAAAUCAAAACUUCGAUUUGGUUUUUCAUCACGCAAAUACGAAAGCCUUCUUUUCUUAGUUGUGUUAUUGCAUCUUAGGGUUUUCAAAUUCUAAACUUGUGUUUCUCUUUAAA